AUGAAAGCUCUGAAUGGCACAUUUCUUGCUCUCUCUUGUAUUGUCGUCGGUCUUCGUGUCUGGACACGGACAAAGAUUUCCAGAUGCUGGGGAUGGGAUGACUGGUUCAUGCUGUUGACCUUGGCGAAACCAACGACGCUGGCGAAUCUCAAUACAUAUGCUGCAGUAAGCGCUACACGAUAUGAACCGUCUUGCGACUCUACAACAAGUACUGACAUCUACCAACAGCUCAUCUGCGCAGAACAAGCCCUCUACAUCGCCGGCACCAUCUGCCUCAAGAUCUCCUUAGCCCUCUUCUUCCUCCGCUUCCUGAUCGUCCGCUGGUCCCGCUACGUGGUCUGGAUCUCCGUCAUCGUCUACAGCACCGUCGCAACCGCAAUGUUUUUCCUUGUGGUUUUCGAAUGCGGACUUCCAGGCAACUACGCCAUGAAAACAGCUUUAGGUCAAUGCCUCUCCUUCCGUGUCCUAUCCAACACUGGCUAUGUCCAUGGCGCUCUGAACGCAAUCACCGAUUGGGUGUUUCCCGUCCUGGCCAUCCAAUUCCUGGUUCGCUGCACCAAGAUGUCUUGGGCGUCUAAACUUUCCUGCUGUGGGAUUCUGAUGCUUGCAGUCGUAGGCAGUAUUGCGUCCAUCGUGCGCACUGUCUAUAUCCCCAUGUUCGGUCCGGAGGGAAACAUCUACUCACGGUCAAUGAAGCCUUUGAUAUGGACAAUGAUCGAAGGCGCACUGGGCAUCAUCGCCGCCAGUCUCGCUACUCUGCGCCCGCUGUUCCAGAAGUGUGCGGGCAAAACACGAUCAGCACUUCAAAGCAAAAGCACUGGGGAGAGGUGUCUAGCAAAGUCAUCUUUGAGCAGUACAUUGAAUUGUUUUGGUGGCUCCCGUACGCCUGCAGACAGUCCCCAAGAGUCAGAGGCAGAGAAAUGCGAUACGAUGGAUUUGGAGAGUGGAGAACAUAGCAAGAUUGUUACGCAGCCGCUGCAUUUGGGUGUGUUGAGCAGCGUGGCUACGGAGACGCAAUUCACGACGAAGAUGGAUAGGGCGAGGGCAUUCGGGAGUACGAUAUGA